GGAGCAGAAGGACCUCAGCAAUACUACCUCAAAGCGGGAUGAAUGCCUCCAAGUGAAAGCAGUCAAGGCAGAGAAGCCCAUGCAGACAUCUCAGCCAAGCCCUGGUGGUCAGUCUUCAUGCAGCAACCAACAGUCCCCCAUCAGCAACUAUUCCAGCAGUGGGCUCGAGCUUCCUCUGACCGACGGAGGUGGUGUGGGGGACCUCGGCGCCAUCGACGAAACCCCAGUCAUGGACUCGACCAUUUCCACGGCCACCACCGCCCUGGCCUUGCAAGCCAGGAGGAACCCGGCAGGGACCAAAUGGAUGGAGCACGUAAAACUAGAAAGGCUCAAACAAGUGAAUGGAAUGCUUCCACGACUGAACCCCGUCCUACCCCCCAAAGCCCCUGCAGUGUCUCCUCUCAUGGGAAACGGCACGCAGCCCAGUACCAGCUGCAGCUUGGGCGGGCCCGUGACUCUUCUCCCGAACAGAAGCGACCUUUCGGGCGUGGACAUCACCAUGUUGAACAUGCUCAACCGGAGGGACAGCAACACCAGCACCAUCAGCUCUGCCUACCUGAGCAGCCGCCGCUCCUCGGGCAUCUCCCCCUGCUUCUCCAGCCGGAGAUCCAGCGAGGCGUCCCAGGCCGAGGGCCGGCCCCAGAACGUGAGCGUGGCCGACUCCUAUGACCCCAUCUCCACCGACGCCUCGCGCAGGUCCAGCGAGGCCAGCCAGGGAGACGGGCUGCCCGGCCUGCUCAGCCUCACGCCAGCACAGCAAUACCGCCUGAAAGCCAAGUACGCGGCAGCCACGGGCGGUCCGCCCCCCACCCCGCUGCCCAACAUGGAGAGGAUGAGCCUGAAGACCAGGAUGGCCCUGCUCGGGGACAGCAGGGAGCCCGCGGGGGCCCUGCCCCCCGUGCACCCUCCGCGGAGGUGUAGCGACGGGGGCUCCCACGGUCACGGCCGCCGCCCUCUGCUGCCCGCCGACGGGCUGGGCAACGGCGUGAGGAGGGCCAGCGACCCGGUGAGGACGGUGUCCGAGAGCCUCUCCCUGCCGCGGGUGCAGCGCUUUAGCAGCCUGCAGAGCUUCAGCCCUCCAGCGCUGCCUCCCUCCCUGGAAAAGCGCAACUUCGUGCUUCAGAACUACCCGCGGCCCGAGGGCGGCCAGCCCCGCCACUUCCCGGCGUCUCCCUGUCCGCCGAGCAUUACCGAGAACGUCACCCUGGAGUCCCUGACCAUGGACGCCGAGCUGAACCUGAACGAGGAGGAUUUCUUGCCCGACGACGUGGUGCAGUAUUUAAAUGCCCAGACCCAGGCAGGGUAUGAGCAGCCCUUCCAAAGUGCCGUCUCCGAUGACGGCAAAGUGCCCCACGGGCCCGGCCUGGGGAGUGGGCAUGGAGACUUUGACGCCCCCGGGCUGCCAGACGGCCACGGCGGCCACGCCAGCCACGCCAGCCAGCAGUACCGACCGCUCGAGCAGCCUUGCCCAGAAGCCAGCAAAUCCGACCUGCCCAUUCAGUGGAACGAGGUCAGCUCCGGCAGCACCGACCUGUGCUCUUCCAAGCUGAAAUGUGGCCACCGGGCCGCGGCGCAGCAGGCCCGAGCCUUCGGCUUCUACAACAACGCGGGCGUCCACCCGCAGCAUCCCUUGAGGGGCGGGGCCGGCCCCACCGGGGGGUACCCGGCCCUCGCUGAGCCCGGCAGCUCCUACGGCAGCCCAGAGCACUUGGUGAGCCACAGCAGUGGAGGCGGUGGGCCUGGCACCAGCGGGAGCGCCUUCCACGAACAGCCCUACAAGGCCCAGCCGUAUGGAAACUGCCUCAACAGGCAGCCCGGGGGCCCCGGCCUGCUCGACGGGGCCUGUGGUGCCGGGAUUCAAGCGGCAAAGUUGAAAAGCGCCACAGGGCCGGCGAACGGGAGCCAGCCAGAUUUUGGCCUGUCGGUGGCGCCCAACGAAUCAGCGGGCGGUGCCGUGAGUGGCGUGGCGCCCCAGGACCUGGUGGGCCAGGGGUACCCGGCCCCUCAGCUGCUCAGUGACCGCGCCGGCCAGCAGAUGCUAGGGCAGGUUAGCGCUACCUCACACACCAACAUCUGUCAAGGGCCGGAGAGCGGCCUGCCGGGGCACCCCUGUCUCGGCAGCCAGCCGUCCAGCUUGGCAGCUUCCAGGGGCUACCAGGCGUGUGCUGGCUACGGGGGCAUCAGGCGCCAGGCCGUGCUGAGGGGCAGCCUCACUGUGCAGCAGGGACAGCUCAGUGACACCAGUCAGACCUGCAGGGUGAAUGGCGUCAAGAUGGAGAUGCACGGGCAGCCCCAUCCGCUCUGUUCGAACGCGCAGAGUUACUCUGGUCAGUUCUAUGACCAAACCGUUGGCUUCAGUCAGCAGCAAGACAUGAAAACUGGUUCAUUCUCCAUUUCAGAAGCCAACUGCCUGCUACCGGGGGCCAGCGCCGAAAACUCUGAAUUACUCUCCCCGGGUGCUAACCAGGUGACGAGCACGGUUGACAGCCUCGACAGCCAUGACCUGGAAGGGGUGCAGAUUGACUUCGACGCUAUCAUAGACGACGGGGACCACGCCAGCCUGCUGUCAGGAGCCCUGAGCCCCAGUAUCAUUCAGAACCUUUCCCACAGCUCCUCCCGCCUCACAACGCCGCGCGCGUCCCUCCCACUGCCCGUGCUGUCGGUGAGCACCACCAACAUGGCCAUCGGGGACAUGAGCUCCUUGCUGACCUCCCUCGCGGAAGAAAGCAAAUUCCUUGCAGUGAUGCAGUAGGUGUUAGGAGAAAGGCUGCCAACCAGCGUGAAACUUUAGCAGUUUAAAAGAUUAAAUGGACUCGGUUUCUUGCUGGUUUCUUGUUUUGUUGUUAUUGUUGCUGUUGUUGUUUUUGUUUUUUUUAGUCCUGUAUGUAUUUUAGCAAUCUCAUCUCACCUAACUGGGAUGUGUUUCAAGUAUAUUCCUUUUAUGGAAAAGGACUCUGAACAACCCUAAAGUAUUCUAGGGAGAAACUGUCUUCCAUUUCAGUUUUGAAUCAGUAUUGUUACACUCGAAUCAUCCUCUUUGUUUCCUUUUUUUUUUUUUUUAACUGUAAGCCCGCCCCUCCCCCUUUUUUAGUAAACCAGUGUAAAUGUGUGAUGUGCAUGUUCUUCUUUUCCAAGAGGGGUCAAACGAGAGGAUUUGACAUGUUUCUCUGUUACUCAAAGGAAAUCGGAGUUGGUGUGCUUUGGACCAAGGGGUUACGCUUCCAGCUUUUUAAAUUUUCCUUUACAUGUGCUCUAUGUUUCUUUUUGUUUUUUGUUUUCUUGGGUGUUUUUUUGGUUGUUGGGUUUUUUUGUUUGUUUUUGUUUUUUGGUAAUUCCCACAUUGGGCACAAGAAUCAGAUUAUGGAUAGUGAGUUGAAGAAUCCUUUGUGGGUGGGCUCUAGCAGACAUGACCAAUUUUUGACGCACCCCUCCACCCCCACUCAGGUCAGGGCAUGCUUUCAGUGGUUGCACACAAGCGGAAAUUUGGGGCUCUGGCAGAUGAACGAGUUUGCUCACGGUUGGGGUUUAGAAUUCCUCCCGUCCGUCUGUGUGCUCAGGGCAGGUCCGUCUAUGUGCUCACGUCUCAGUUGUCCACGUCGCUUCUCCUCCCUCUGUCUCUACGACCGCUCCAUGUUGCUCGGCACUCCAGGGAGAGAGGGGAAGGGCAGUGGGUCUGUGACUUCUAUCUGUUCUGGCAAGAAGUUAGGUAGAUUGUUGAGUGAAGCUACUGGAUAGAAAUAGUUUGGGGAACAUUUGUGGGUUUGCUGUAUUUGUUGAUUAUAAUUCCAGCUCUUCACCUGUUAUCAUAGAUAACCGAGAAUUGAUUAUAUAUAGUUCUAAGUAUUUAGGUAUUUAAUAAAUGACCCUGCAACUGGCUCUUUCAUUAACAUACGUUAAUUCCACUAUAGCGAAGGAGUAUUUCUAUUCUAAGUACCCUAUUUUAAGGGAUUUAUAAAACUUAGUUGUAAAGGAAAAAGCUCACAUACAAUGACAUUUGGAAUAAAUCACCUUGACCGUUGUUAGUAUUUGAAAGCACUAGGGAGGAUGGUUAGUAGAUGUGUGGAUGCCUUUUCUUACACCCUAGCUAUUAAAUGAUGCAUCCAUUUAAGUUAAAUGUUCUAGGCAGUGAGUCCUUCAUGCGGACUGAAUUUGUACUUUCGUUUUGGAUUAAAACAUUUAAAGACUAAAAAAGUGCAGCUACUUGCCAUGUGCAGCUAAUACACAUAAAAGACAUACUAUGUGUGUACAGAGUACAUGGAUUAUCCAGCAUUUUACAUUUAAAAAUAUGUAAACUAUUAAAAAUAAAGUACUAACACCUCAGACUACCUGCUCUUUUUUGUCCCAUUGACCCUGGAAGUUGGAUUUAUCCAAAGUGACUCAUGAGUCAGUUGUGUGGCUUUUUCCCCUUUAUUCCUGCCAUUUAAAUUAGUAUUCGACAAAGUCAAGUAAAAUAAAACAUGAAAUGAUAGGAAAAAAUGUUAGCACCAGCCCAUUUUUCUCACAUUCAUGAUCUCUCAUUUGGGCCAAGAAACUCAGCGUGGAGGUAAAUUUGCCCUUUGGGACUUUGUGGCUAAGAAAGUCGGGUUUGCUUUCGACCGAAUGUUCCUGAAACCGUUGGGAGGGGUGCUGAGACUUCUCCCACUGCUCCCCACCCCCAUCCGGCACCGGCUUUUAAGUCAAAGGACGCAUCUGGCUUUGGAACAGAGCCCCAAAGCAAAAGACAGUCACUGGCGUGAGCUCAGUGGAGUGGCGUCUACCACUUGGCAACAGAAAAGAGCCAGGCUCUUUCUGUGUUCCUCAAACAGGUCAUGACCCAGUCACAAAAUCAGUGGUCCGUUCCCUGAAUCUCCUUUUUCCACAAACAGCAGAAUCUCUGCGCCCUGAUCUGAUCUUAUGAGCUCUCACGGUUUGGCCUGGCCCUGCUCUUGGUUUCCAAUCUUGGGACCUGGGCGUUCUGCAGCCUGCUGAGUGAGGACAGUGGUCCCCGGGACCACCUUGCCCUCCUCCUCCAUCAGAGUCCCUCCCCAGUAAAACUCCCAGAUGUGACCUGCACUUCACAAUUACCCUAAGUUCCUACUUUGCCUGCCCUCCGUGGAAGGACGGACAGCAGCUGGGGGAGGACUGUUGUCAUCCUGUGCCUCUGCUUUGUCCUGUGGUUUCAGGUGUUUCUCUGCGUGGCUCCCUUUCUUCACCUUUUCAUACUUGGUUUCCUUCCUUCCGCCCUUAGGUUUGCAGAGAUAGUCCUACUUCAAUGCAGUCUUUGGCUUCUCUCUGUGGAAAUCUCAGAAAGACGGGGAAGCGGGGGGAGGGAGAAGGAAAGUGUACUUCUCCAGGAGUGCCACGAUGUGACCCAACAGUCAGUGGAAGGGAGGUCUGUUGGGGCCACUUGGAAGCCUUCCGUCUGUAGACUUGGCAUCUCCUCGGGCAGGACCCACCCCCAGCCUCCAGCCUCCAGCCUCCUCCCCACUUCUCCGACCCUCGCGUUGGAGGGUGACUACAGCAACUCACUGGGGUCCCAGCAUACUUCUCAAUGCAGGCUCGUACAUGCUACUCCUAUUGAACGUCUGUGCGAACCGUGUGUUUAUUUGUUAAACCGUUUUGUUUUAUUUCCUAAAGAGCUAAUGAGACUGCACCUGCUCCUCAUACGUUGGCUCGUCCUCUUGAGCCACAGAGUUGUGAUUCUUGCGAUGUAUGUGCCUUAUUUUACGUUGAUCUUGUCAAUGCGAGGGACCAGUUGGUGUUGCCCGAUCGCAGCUCGAGGCCGCGCGCUCCCGGGCCAGCCAAGAGCACACGAUCGGAGCGGAGUCUGAGCUGUCUUGGAACCUGGUUUCCCGUGUUGUUUUGAACUGAUGGAGGAUGUUCUCUUCUGACCAGUUACUGUUGUGUAUCCCGCAAACGUGUAAAAUAAAAGACAAGUUCAUUUUUUUUUCACCUUUUUUAGAUUUUUAAAAAAUAAAAUGUGUAAUCCUUUUUUAAAAGAAACACAUGUAAAUACAUUUAAGUAUUGUAGGCAUAGUGUUUGGAUGUGGCCGGCCCUGGGCCUUCUCAGAUCAGCCUGCAGCCAUGCGAUGCCCCCGCGCCCACCUCAUGCCCAGGGCCACAGUCCUGCCACACGUGGACUCUACUUUUGCUUUCAGAACCACCUAGUCCUUUUGUAACAAAAAGAAAGAACAAUGUUUCUUACAAUGUCAAUAAAAAACACUUUGUACUGAAA